AUGCUGCGUAUACCACAGACAAGUAUUGGACUGUCCGAACAGGACGUCGCCUUCCACAUCCAGCAGCUAGAUAUCCAUUACGGCUUACUCAAGCAGGGCUUCAAGAAAAAGGACAUCUUGCGUUACAUGAGGGAUCACAUCAAGACCGCAGCAGACCAGCGUCUCGAGACGGACUCCCUUCGAGCUCCAAGCACAGUCGACCUUGCCGUCAGCGCGCCUUGUCCACCGGUAGCACAUGUCUCACCUCCGAAGCCUGAUGACGCCAAGUCCGCCCCGACUUCUGACGAUUUUCAGGUGGCUGAGAGCGCUGAAGCGUCAUUGACCGACGCUGAGUCGACCACUACGGAUGAUCAUUCUAAGCAGCCACGUCGACACCAUGCACCACGUCAGAGCUCGCUGCUUCGAUUCACCGAGUUUGCAUCACCUCCAACAUCUGCAGAAACCGUGCAGGCCAGUCUUCACCUACAAGCAUCUCCUAGUCCUAGUCCGAAGCACUAUCGACCACGAACAGAUACAUAUUCUUACAACGAGUCUGAGCUUUCCGGGUCUGAUAUUCCCCGUCCGGACGACGAAACACUCACGGACGAUGAGCCUACGUCGCCUCCUGUUCACGCUGUAAUGCGUCCAGAGGCUCCCGAAUUCGUCCCUAGUUCCCAGCGAGCCAGCGUAGAGAACAGUGUUGUGCAUGAAGAUCAGGACACACUUCCAUUAGAGCCCAGCACGCCUGCCCAACCAACUCCUUCAUUGACAGCACUUCCGUUGGUGCCCAGCACGCCUCCCCGACCGACUCCUUCCCUGACAACCGCAGUCAACACUAGCUCCAGAUCUCAUCGCCAUCGAGAUUGUGCCGAUACGACGACUCGCAGAGCUCAACAACUCGAUGGCCCUUUCUCUGUCUACAACGACGCAUUGCCAGCCCUGUUCCAGCCUCAGACACCCCAAGAGCUUGAUCGUCUUCGCAGAUGGGCCGUGGACGGAAGUGCAUACACCGCUCCUCCUGGCAUGCUGCAUUCUCCAUCCCAGAUCCGCCGUCGGCAGAUGCAAGACGACGGCGAGCCAGGCUCUCAGACACCUACCGCAAGAGCCAUCACUGCCCAAGAACGACGAGCUCGAGAAUUGAGAAGAAGUAUUCGCAUUGAGACUGCUCGCCUUGACCGUCUGCAGAUCUCUGACUCAACUGAUGACGAGCAAACCAGCCGCCCGAGAACCGUGGUGGCUGACUGGCGACACGAGCUCGAGGCUGCUCGUGUAGGCGAUGAGAACUGGGAGAUCGAGUCUGAUCCGCGGACCAGCUUCGCGCAAUCAGGAAUAAGGAUUGUGAGUGGGAAUACGCGAACAUUCUCUUGA